CAGCCAAUCGGAAGGGCGCAUCCUUUGCCAAGUGUCGCGUUGGAGGCGGCUCUGCAUGCAUGUGUGUGUGUCUAUAUAUAUAUAGCUUUCAAUGGAUUGCUCUUGUAGUAAAUCCGUGGGGGGAAUCGACGCGGGUGGAAGCUUCGGUUGAAUUAAACUUCGUCUAGACUCCCCCCUCUCUGUCAAAAGAAAGAUACACUUCCUACAUAGGUGAAGAGAGCAGCUGUUCUUCAGAAUGGUUGCAACCAGCAGUUUAAACAACAAAAACUCCACAUGCAUCUCUGAACUGAUACAGCAACACUUCCAGCAUGCAGCCAUAACUGACUUUGACUACUGGGAUUAUGUAGUGCCUGAACCCAAUUUUAAUGAGACGGUGUUUGAGGAACGGUCAUGUCAGAACCUAGUAAGAAUGCUGGAGAGCUGCCUAUCCAGAUCAAAGCAAACUAGACUGCAUUGCUCAAGGGUUCUAGUCCCUGAGAAACUGACCAGGAGAAUAGCCCAGGAUGUCUUGCGCCUGUCUUCAAUGGAGCCUUGUGGUUUACGGGGUUGCAUUAUUCAUGUCAACCUGGAAACGGGAAAUGUAUGUAAAAAGCUGGAUAAGAUUGUGUAUGACCCUGCUGUUGUUCCUACGUUUGAGCUAACGCUGGUGUUUAAACAGGACAGUGGCUCGUGGCCUAGUUUCAGAGAUUUCUUCCCUAGAGCUUGCUUUACUUCCAGCACUAAACGUACCCUAAUCCUGAGUCCUGGAUUUCGGCUAAUAAAGAAAAAAUUAUAUUCUUUGAUUGGGACGGUUGUGGAAGAAUGCUAGAACAAAAAGGAAAUGAGUUUCACAAACUGAGCCUACUGCCCUUAGAAACAUGACUUAAUUUUUUAAAGAUGAUGCUGACUUUUGCACAACAUACUUAUAUCUCCCUAGGCUGGCAAAAUCUCAAUGCUGCUAGCUGGCACUAGGUGGAAUUGGAAAGAGCACAGCUACUGAUACUUGAAACAUUCCUCAUUGAGCAUCCCUUUUGCAAACCUGUUAACAAGCCUGUUUGCUGCUUACUGCUAGAAGUCGUACUAAAUUUUACCUCUGCAUAUUUGAUGCCUUAAAAGUUAUUCUGCCUUCUUCUAAGGUUGGAUUUCUUUUGUCGUUAAAGAACAUCCUCUGGGGAACAACUGGCAAGGUGCCCAUCUGGGUAUGCAUGCUAAAGUAACAGGAAUCGUGCUUCCAGGUGAUGGUUGAAACAGCAAUGGUGGCAUCUAAUGGAUACAUUUUAUUCUUGGAAUGAUGCCAAUUUAUUUGAGAUUUUGGAUUAGCAGUUACUUAACUAUUUUGCUGGUAUUUCUGGCCAAGUAACAGUUUGCACAAUCCUUUUGUGGCAUAUGAGUGCCUUAGUUUCGCAUCGGGUUGUCUUCUAGAUGGAAGAUUUGAAGCAUGUCCAUUUGCUCGAAGUGCUAUGAAACAGCUAAACUGUAUUUCAAUUGUGUGAGUCUCUCUGAUAUCUGGAAAUGUGAAGUCUGUAGACUGACUGAUGUGGAACAACAGAUAUGUUGAUUUAGAAGGACACAUAAUGGUUAUGUGUUGUUGAAGGCUUUCAUGGCUGGAAUCACUGGGUUGCUGUGAGUUUUCCGGGCUGUAUGGCCACGUUCCAGAAGCAUUUUUUCUUGACGUUUCACCUGCAUCUAUGGCAAGCAUCCUCAGAAACAUACCUCACAACCUCUGAAGAUGCCUGCCAUAGAUGCUUCUGGAAUAUGACCAUACAGCCCAAAAAACUCACAGCAACCCAUAUUGGUUAUGUUCACAGUAAUGUUUGAUCUGCCUCAAGUCUCCUUCUAAAAAUAAGAACAUUGUUCUCCUAUGAUCCUAACUCUCAAUUUGUUAAAAUAAUUCAAACAAUUUCUUUUCUGGGAUUUUUAUUCAUAUCUCAAUCUUUUCUAAAAACAUGGCUGGUGAAGCAAUUGCUUGGAGCUGUUUGGGGUAAUACUUCCCAAGACUAGCCAGGACUUUAUCCAUUGUUUGAAAACUGCAGAUCCAGUUGAUGCAAUCCAAUAAAUACAGCAGAAAACACUGUUAGGUAACUCCAUAAAUGAACCCAGUCAAUCCUCAUGAUUCUGUUCACUCAUAGCAUUUGAUGACUAAGCUUUUAAAAAAUCCACAGCCAAAGAGAUGAGCUGAAUAUCUAGUCCUUUCCUAGUUUUUCUACUCCAUUCAUACUAUAGAGAUAGGCCUGUAAGGCUGAGAUAAUUUUUCAUAAUCUGAGGAGAAAAUUCUGUAUGGUUCUUGGUACCAGAUUCUACCUCUUCUUUUGGAGGUGGAGGCAUUGAACAGUGUUAGAGAAAUCGUCUUUGUCUUUAAAAGACUUCUCUUUUAAAAUGUGAUAAUGGGAAGCUUUCUUACAGCUUAGUCACUCCAAUAUUCUGCUGGCUUCUCUCUUCCUACUUAGUUGCCAACUGUUGCCAUUUUAGAAACCUCAUAAGCACUCUGUGAGCAUGCCACUUUUAAACCGCACUGAGUUGGCAUUGGUAUCCAGAAUUCAAGUUAGGUGUUAUGUUGAACGUUCUUUUAAAUACCUCUUUAUUCAGUGAUCCCGUACUUUACGGCAUUAAAAUCUAAGCUUUGUGUGUUGGUACAAAUGAACAAUUUUAACAAAUGCAAAAAAAGUACCCAGCAAGGGACCAGAUCCUAAAACAGGAGUGGGGAAUGUGUGGACCACCAAGUGUUUGUGACUUCAGUUUCCAGAAGGCCAGGACAGCAUGUCCAAAGGUAAGGAAUCAUGGAGUUGAAGUCAAAAACACCUGGAGUGCCAAACCUUCCACAGCUUUGUCCUCAACCAUUUAUAAUAAUGGAAAAAUUGAUAAGGAGAAGAGACUGCUAUACUGUCAUGUCUCAAGCUUUUUUUGUUUUGUUCCUAUGUGCUCAAUUUGUAAUUUGUCCUGUGUGCAAGAAGAAAGAAAAAAACAGAAGUCCUAGAAGGCAUUGCUCUUGACUUCUUUCAGGAGUCUUUAUAUGAGAUAAACUGAUGUGUAUGUGGCAGAUGUUCCAGAUCUGUUGAUUUUUCUGAGCAACUGAAGCUUUGCCUUGCUGAAACAGGACCACUGGAAACUGGUGUUGCACUUAAUUGCUUUUAACCAAUGAGUGAUAAAUGGUUGCCUUCGCAUGAGUGCAUGAGAGUGUCUUUCGGAUUUGCACAGAAACAAACCUGUUUACUGUUCUGAAAUGGUGAAAUGUUAUUCCUUGCAUUGCCUUGUUGCUUUCUCAGCACUGAAUUUAAAUGUGAAUUUUAAUGUAAGUCUGUUCAUAAAUAAAAGUUUGUUUUUAAUUCUCAA